AAAAACCUUGGAAAUGAAAAUCAUAACUGAACCAAGGAGGACUAAAAAUGGAAAUGGUGUAGUAACUGGUUAGGACUCUGAGCGUCGCUGUUCACCAGACUGGGAAAGAAGCCGUCAUAGACGCGACCAGUUCCCAGCUUCCUCCGCACUAAACAGAGACCAGACAAGCUACUGGGGAAAGCAACCCAUCUCAACUCCUGCUCUCGUCAGCUUUAGAAAAACAAGGAGCCAGCAGGUAAACCAGGACUAAAAGGAAAGGGAAGGAAGAAAAGACAAUGGCGGAUCCACCAAGGCGCUGGAGCUGCAGCGACCUGCUGAAGUUCUUCAUGCUGCUAGGGACGCUGUGCGUGCCAGGAAAGGGGCAGAUCCGCUACUCGGUACGGGAGGAGCUGGACAAAGGCUCCUUCGUGGGCAACAUCUCCAAGGACCUGGGGCUGGAGCCCCGCGAGCUGGCGGAGCGCGGGGUCCGCAUCGUCUCCAGAGGUAGGUCGCAGCUUUUCUCGCUGAGCCCGCGAGGUGGCAGCUUGGUCACUGCAGGAAGGAUAGACCGGGAGGAGCUGUGCGCCCAGAGCGCGCCCUGUCUCGUCAGCUUUAACGUCUUGGUUGAGAAUAAGAUGAAAAUUUAUGGAGUAGAAGUGGAAAUCCUUGAUAUUAAUGAUAACUUCCCCCGGUUCCGCGAUGAGGAGUUAAAAGUAAAAGUUAAUGAAAACGCGGCUGCAGGAACACGGUUGGUGCUCCCCUUCGCGAGAGAUGGGGAUGUGGGUGUGAAUUCUCUCCAGGGUUACCAGCUCAGCUCCAACCCGCACUUCUCUCUGGAUGUGAAGAGCGGAUCUGAUGGGCAAAAGCAUCCAGAGCUGGUGUUGGAACAGCCCCUGGACCGUGAGAAAGAGUCUGCUCACGACCUGGUCCUCACAGCGUUGGACGGCGGAAACCCAGUACAUUCUAGCACUGUCCACAUCAGCGUGACCGUCCUCGACGCAAACGAUAACGCACCCCUGUUCACUCAAAGCGAAUAUAGAGUGAGUGUUCCAGAGAACACACCUGUGGGUGCUCGACUCCUCACACUCACCGCCACGGAUGCCGACGAGGGAAUCAACGCGAAACUGACCUUCUCUUUUCGCAACGAAGAAGACAAAAUUUCCGAGACUUUCCAACUUGAUUCUAAUCUGGGGGAAAUAUCAACUAUUCAAUCUCUGGACUAUGAAGAAUCCAGAUUCUAUCUCAUGGAGGUGGUAGCCCAAGACGGAGGCGCUCUUCUUGCCAGCGCUAAGGUGUUGGUCACAGUCCAGGACGUGAAUGACAAUGCCCCAGAAGUGAUACUCACCUCCCUCACCAGUUCCGUUUCUGAAGACUGUCUACCCGGAACCAUAAUUGCACUCUUUAGCGUACACGACGCUGAUUCUGGGGAGAAUGGAGAGAUUUCGUGUUCUAUUCCCAAGAACUUGCCCUUCAAACUGGAAAAGUCAGUUGAUAAUUACUAUCACCUAUUAACAACAAGAGCUCUGGAUAGAGAAGAGACUUCGGAUUAUAACAUCACGGUAACCGUCAUUGACCAUGGAACGCCUCCCCUGUCUACAGAAAACCACAUCUCUCUGAGAGUGGCAGACAUAAAUGACAACCCACCCACCUUCUCUCGUUCCUCCUAUUCCACUUCCAUCUCAGAAAAUAACCCCAGAGGUGUCUCCAUUUUUUCAGUGACUGCCUAUGAUGCUGACAGUGGUGAUAACGCCCGGGUCACUUACUCCCUAGCUGAAUAUACAUUUCAGGAAGCUCCCGUGUCCUCCUACGUCUCCAUUAACUCUGACACUGGUGUCCUGUAUGCCUUGCAGUCCUUUGACUAUGAGCACCUGAGAGACCUGCAGCUACUGGUGACAGCUAAGGACAGUGGGAACCCUCCACUCAGCAGCAAUGUGUCCCUGAGCUUGUUUGUGCUGGACCAGAAUGACAAUGUUCCUGAGAUCCUAUACCCAGCUAUUCCUACUGAUGGUUCCACUGGUGUGGAACUGGCUCCCCGCUCUGCAGAGCCUGGAUACUUGGUAACCAAAGUAGUGGCAGUGGACAGAGACUCAGGACAGAAUGCCUGGCUGUCCUACCGCCUGCUCAAAGCCAGUGAGCCAGGGCUCUUCUCCAUUGGCCUUCACACAGGGGAGGUGUGCACGGCAAGGACCCUAUCGGAUAGAGACGCCCUCAAGCAGAGCCUGGUGGUGGCUGUCCAGGACCAUGGCCAGCCCCCUCUCUCAGCCACCGUCACCCUUACUAUCGCUGUAGGGGAUAGCAUCCCGGAUGUACUGACUGACUUAGGCAGCAGCAACACUCCUACAGAGCCCCAGGACUCAGACCUCACACUCUACCUGGUGAUAUCAGUGGCAGUGGUGUCCUGUGUCUUCCUAGGAUUUGUUACUGUGCUGUUGGCCCUCAGGCUUAGGCACUGGCACAUGUCACGCCUGCUUCAGACUUCCACAGGCAGAUUGGCCAACAUGCCCGCCUCUCAUUUUGUGGGCAUGGAUGGGGUACAGGCUUACCUACAGACCUAUUCCCAUGAAAUCUCCCUCACUACAGACUCCAAAAACAGCCACCUGAUCUUCCCCCAGCCCAAUUAUGCCGACAGGCUCAUUAGUGAAGAGAGCUGUGAAAAGAGUGAGCCUCUCCUGAUACCGGAUAAUAUUGACGAAAACAAGGGAGAGCCUGGAGCUGUUCAGGUCAGUUUCCUCUUUCACUAAGAACCAGAGCAUUUUCUUCACUUGUCUUCUCACUCAUUUUUCUGGUAGAGUCAAAAUCAGACAGUUAUAUAGUGGAUCAUCAUUUGCAGUAUUGGAGUUUAACUCAGUUUUGUCCAGUAAUGGAUACUUUUUCAAAUUCUAUUUGGGGCUGAAUAUCUUUUCUCGGUGUGUGGACAUUUUAGAAAAUCUAGCUGAUAACAGUAGACGCACCUUAAAGGAAAUCCAUAAACAUAAUCACUUCCCUUUAAAAUGUUGCUAGCUUAAGGGUAACUAUUCUGUUACUAGAAGAGUUGUAUUAGUUCAAAUUGUUUAUGUGUAUUGUUCCCUUUGGGAUAUUUGUCUACACACCAUUAGUGGGCAAGUUUUG